CUCGCUUCUCUAUACCAUGGUCUCUUUGUCACUCUCCUUCUCUCUGUCCCGGCUCUUUCGAUCUAUCUCUCUUGUUACGCUGCUGCCAAGACCUGGCUCGACAUCAAUGGACCAGAAUGGAUUAGUCAGGGCGGAAUAAUAAACCCACUUGUCUCGGGUUGUUUUGCAGAAGUAGUAUCUGGUGUAUUCUUUACGCCCAUGGAAGUUCUCAAGAGCUGUCUCCAGAAUGACACCAGUAGCAGCUCGACAUUUGAGUUGGUAUUUUAUAUCUGGAAAACCAAAGGUCUACGGGGGUUCUAUCGAGGCUACUGGAUGAGCCUACUUGUCUUUGUUCCACACACGAUGACUUAUUUUGUAGUCUAUGAGAAGCUCAAGGCAGUAGCUGGAGAAGAGUCAUUUGUGAUUUACAUGAUCUGCUCUACUUUUGCAGGUACAGUGGCCACAGUGGUGUCUACACCUCUUGAUAUUAUCAAGACACGUUGGCAAGUGUCAGCAGGGGCAGAGUCAAAUCAAGAGCCGGGACCACAGUCAGAUGGACCGCUUGCAAUUGCGUAUCAGAUGUGGCACAAGGAAGGCAAGUGGCGAGCAUUCACACGAGGAUUGUUCGCAAGAAUUGCUACAAUGAUUCCAAUGACUACCAUAAGUAUGACCGUAUUUGAGACUCUUAUGGACUGGCACACCCGAUCUAUUGGACAAUAA